AUGGGUCGUCUUCACAGCAAAGGCAAAGGCAUCUCCGCCUCCGCGAUCCCAUAUUCCCGCUCCGUACCCACUUGGUUCAAAUCCUCGCCCGAUCAAGUCGUGGACAAUAUCUGCAAGCUUGCGAAGAAGGGGGCUACGCCAUCGCAGAUUGGUGUCGUGCUGAGGGAUAGUCAUGGUGUUGCGCAAGUCAAGGUAGUUACCGGUCUUGCACCAGAACUGCCAGAAGACCUGUAUUUUUUGAUCAAGAAGGCUGUCGCUGUUCGCAAGCAUCUUGAACGCAAUCGAAAAGACAAAGACUCGAAGUUCCGGCUUAUUCUUAUCGAAUCCCGAAUCCACCGUCUUAGCAGAUACUACAAGACUGUUGGUGUACUGCCACCGAAUUGGAGAUACGAGAGCGCCACUGCUUCGACAAUGGUCGCGUAG